AUGCCUCUUAUCAACCGUCAUAGCCAGCCCUCGGGUCUACCGGCCUCUGCUCCGGUCCACGAGUUCAUCUGCUUAUUCACCCAUGAUCUGAAGCGCAAGCAAAAGCGUUGGCAAGAUGGUCGCCUCAAGUUCCACACCUUUAACAAACGCAUCAUGGUGUAUGAUGAGAGGGGCAACUUCAUCGGCGACAUGCACUGGAACGAGGACUUCGCAUUCGGCGAGGGCGAGGAGUUCAACCUGGAACGCGGCGCCGUCAUUGUACAGGUCGCUGAAUGCAUUGGCACCAAAGACCAGGAUCUUACCGACCUCCUCGACAAGAGAGCCCGAGACGUAGAGCAGCGUCAUACUCACUUCUCUGCUGCCAGCUCACCCCUCUCUGCUGCUCGUCCUUCGCUGCUUCCCCUACUACAACAACAACAACAACAACAACAACAACAACAACAACAACAACAACAACAACAACAACAACAACAACAACAACAGCAGCAGCAGCAGCAGCAGCAGCAGCAGCAGCAGCGGCGGCGGCGGCGGCAACAACACCAAGCACAGCAACAACCGCAUCCCCACUUCAAGCAACGCCACUUGGCCGAUGUUUUCAACACCCCACGUGGACUGCAAGGAAGAGCGGUGAUACCUACCACAUCUCUCUACGAGGAUCGCAUAGCGGCCCAGGCUCCAAGCUCCCAGGACGAGGACGCGAGGCCAGCAAAGAGGAGGAAGAGGGACGUGUCGCCUCCGAGCAAGUCUGGCUAUGCUCAGAAUCUUUUCGGCACCACCUUGACUCUAUCAUCGUGGUCGGCCAGUGCAUCCAUCCGCAGCCAGCCACUGAUAACACCCAUCAGCGAACGAAGUCGUUCUGCUCGCCCCAUCCGAGCAGCAAACAUUGCCCAUGAACCGUUGCCUGCUGCGGUGGAUCUCACGAUUGAUGCACAUACGCCUUCGAAGACCUCCAGCACCAGGGCAUUCCAAAAACAUCAGGCUGCUUUUGGUCAGCCCAGCGGAACUCGCAAGACCAAAGCUAUCGCAGUCGUGAAACCCUGCGAAGUGUCGCAAGCAGACCCAGUACUGCGGGUUGAUCAAUUGCCCCGCAGCUCCGACGAGUUUCCAAUAUCAACAGAGCAUCCACGGGAGAAGGGCACCCAAUCUCAAAGACCAGAUCGUUUCACUAUAGACGAGGUUUCUUUCUUAGCGUCGACAAUGACAGGCAAUAUGGCGCCGUCCCUGCGCGAAACCCAGAAGCCCAAGAACAAAAAGGCCCAUCACAGCGGCCUCUGCCCUGGCAAGAGCAGCACGGAUUCAAAACCGUCACGACGAUCCACCGAGGAUGCAGUCAGAGAAGGCGAGUGGACGAAGUGCGAUGUUGUUUCCACAAUUGCUGUCCAACCUGAUACCCCAGACGAGCCCAAGGCAAAGCUACGAAUCAAGUCCAGGCAGAAGCGUGGCUUGUUGAUGGUAUCAAACAUGUCAAACAGAGCUACAUCAAGAAGCCCCGCCGACUAUGACAGAAUGUCGGAACUUGAUGCGACAACGGACAGAAUGACGGUGGCGUGA